GCUCCGCGUCGCCCUUCUUUCCAACUUCCAAGAUCCGGGCUUCUCUCCCCAUAUCGCUAUCAUGCUACGAUGACGUUCGUUAUUUCGCAAAUUGCCAACACUGCCACACACGUACGCAUUGCUGUCGCGCAUCAGCCGAUCCAGUCCAAACGCUUCGCGCACCGUCCUCCGCUAUCUGUUACGCUAUCGCACGUCGCCGCCUUCACGCUCCCCUCCACCUAAAACCGGCCCUCGUCCCCCCUUGCGCGGCCCCUCCGACUCACGCAAGAACAUGUCGUGACCAUGGACGACUCCACCAUACUCAAGCACGCCCAGCGAUUGCGCCGCUCACGUUACUCGGCACGACCCUUCGCCCUCACCAUCCUCGCCAUCUCCCUCAUAUCGCUGUUAGCAUGGGCCAAGUCGCAAGCUGCAGACGGCAACGCCAUAGUUGGCGCAUUGCAGAAGAGGGACCUGUCCAUCAAGGACGAGGAGUGUCGCCUCGUUCACCACGCCAGAGACCAAUGCGCCUUUGUGCGCGCAAACUGCCCCGAUGAAGAAGCCGGCGUCAUAUCCUACCUGACCCUCUAUUACUGUCGCCUCCCGCAUGCGAAGCCCUUUGCCUUCGUCCUCAUGACGCUUUGGCUCGCCCUUCUCUUCAGCACCAUUGGCAUCGCCGCGAGCGACUUCUUCUGCGUCAACCUCAAUACAAUUGCGCGCAUGCUGGGCAUGAGCGAGAGCUUGGCUGGCGUGACACUGCUUGCCUUUGGCAAUGGCAGUCCCGAUGUCUUCUCUACCUUUGCCGCCUUCCGCACUCACGCUGCGAGUUUGGCUGUAGGCGAGCUUAUCGGUGCUGCAUGUUUCAUCACGGCCGUUGUCUCGGGCUCCAUGGCUCUGAUUCGCCCAUUCCAGGUCGCGCGCAAGAGCUUCGUUCGCGACGUCGGCUUCUUUCUCGUCGCGGCUGCCUUCAGCAUGGGCUUCAUCGUUGACGGGAAACUGCAUCUGUGGGAGUCGGUCACUAUGGUGGCCUUUUAUCUCUUCUACGUCGCCUUUGUCGUCGCCUGGCACUGGUGGCUCAAUUUGAGGAAGGCGCGACGAGCGAGGGCAGCCGCCAUCAGGAGUCAUUAUGUUACCCCCGGUGGCGAAGAAGAAGAAUUUCCAGAGUACCAUGACGAUGAAAUCAGUGCUGGUAGCAGGACCCCGGGCCACGGCGUAUCCAUCGACGACUUUUCUAUGCUCGAACGCGCUGGCGGCGACAAUACCAUGGACGACGAUGACAACGAAGAAGAGCGCGAACGCUGGAUGGGCGAGCUGACAAAUAACAUGCGCGUCAAUCGCCCGAACAUGUCCCGACGCAACACUCAUACCCCCAUCCGACCGAGUUUGGUCGGAGCUUUGGAGUUCAGAGCGGUACUCUCCUCCCUGCAAAAGUCGCGCAACAUUCAGUCGAUGCCAAUCAGUUUGCGGCGGUAUUCGGACGACCCUACUUAUACGACUGCCCAGCAGCAAAACUACAUCUCAACAGCAGGCCCAGCGGAUCGGCCUCCAUUUGAUGUGAACCCAACUGCGUCCAAUGCAUCACUGCAUGUGAUCCGACCGAAUCUCGACAUCCAGCAGAGUCUAGGCAACCGAGCGCGAGCCGUUUCCACAAAUGACAUCGACAAUGUCCGCCUACACCCGAGCACGCUGCAGGGACAAGGCGUGCCUGACAUUACCUUCAUAUCCGCCACCCCCAAUGAACCAAGCAGAAUGCUGGAUGCGCCUCCAUCGCCGACCAUCUCGUUGUCUCCGCCAGCCUCCCGCUCUUCCAGAGCACCAAGUCCUGUCGCACCGAGAGACCGACUUCCUUCCCCUAACAGGCUGGCGCCUCCGGGUCCUGAGGAUCAAGCACCCCUCCGUACAAUCUCACCAUCACUGAGCCCUCGUUCGACUCCGCUAACAGAAAGUGAUUCUCGAUCCCAGCCCCCUAGUCUGAAGUUGACCGUACCGGAUGCCGCUUCUCCUCCAAUACCAUUCCCUGCCUAUACUGAUUAUCCUUGGUCGGCGCAAUCCACUUCUAGACCCCAGAGUCUUCGUCUACCCUCGCCUAGCGCAUCACCUGAGUCAAGUUUCUUCCCAAGAGAUCCGUUCGGUCAUAUCGAAGCAGCCAAGAUACCAAAAUGGUGGCCUUCAGGGAUCAUACCAACCCCACACGUCCUGAUCUCCACCCUAUUCCCGACGUUGACCAGUUGGUCAGACAAGAACAUAUUUGACAAAAUCUUGGGCCUCGUCGCAAGUCUACCCGUCUUCUUACUCACCAUCACGCUCCCAGUUGUCGAGCCGCAGAAAGAUGAGAACGAUGGAGGCCACGCAGAGCUUUCUCUAGACUUCGGUCUACCACCCGCAGCCACGCCGCAUAGCGGGAGCGGGGACUCCCACACCCGUAGCAUAUCACUGGUGCUGCCACCGGAAACACCUGCAAACAUGGGCUUAUCGAAGUCCAAAUCGCCAGCGAAUCUUUCUUCCCGACAACCUAAUGGUGGAUCGUUCAGCACGACCACCAGUCAACCACCACCGCAGGUGUAUAUCACGGAUUCAGACACUGUAGCACAGUCACCCGAGCAGCUUCCGACGAUCCCUACACCUAUCGAGCCAAAACAAUGGAACCGCUGGCUCGUAAUCGUGCAGGUGUUUACAGCUCCCUUCUUCCUUGUCCUCGUCCUAUGGGCGAACAUUGAACCCGACAACCCACGUAUCUUGCUUCGUCAUACGCUCUACGGUUUGGUCGGUUCUCUCAGCGUUCUUGCAUUCAUCCUCUUCACCACCACGCCGAAUCGCCCGCCGAAUUGGCGCUCAGCACUUUGCUUUGUUGGGUUUGCCGUCGCCAUUGCUUGGAUCAGCACUAUUGCCAACGAGGUCGUUGGUGUUCUGCGGACCUUGGGUGUUAUCCUCAACAUGUCCGACGCCAUCCUCGGGUUGACUAUUUUUGCGGUUGGCAACUCACUUGGUGAUCUCGUCGCCGACAUAACUGUUGCACGGCUCGGAUUCCCCAUCAUGGCCCUCUCAGCCUGCUUUGGCGGCCCAAUGCUGAACAUCUUACUCGGCGUAGGGCUGAGCGGAUGCUACAUGAUUAUUACCAAGGGCGAGCAUCGUCAUGAAAAACACCCAGAUCAGUCUGUCCACUUCAGGCCCUACCACAUCGCCGUAAGCACGACCUUGGUAAUAUCAGGAGCUACUUUGCUUGCAACACUCGCUGGACUUCUUGUUGCCGUACCAGUGCGCAGGUGGAGAAUGGACAAGGCUAUUGGAUGGGGUUUGGUCGCGUUGUGGUCACUAAGUACCACUGUUAAUGUACUGGUAGAAGUGCUGGGUUACAGUAGUAACGUUAGUUAGAGCAACUAUAUCAGUCUUGUAGUUUCUUUUGUUACACUAUACAUACUAACAAGUGCGUUACUUAAUGCAGCGCUAUGUCUACGAAUGUAAGGCAAUCAAGAGGCAAGAGAAGCUUAGCAACACUUCUGUUUUAUAAAAGGCUUUACAGAAUAUAUAUAUUAAAAAUAAC